UACAUGGCAUUGCAGAGUGCCGGGGAUACCUCGCAUAAACAAUUCAGCCAGUCGACUGCAUUGACUCUAAAGCGGAGAGGGAACGAUAGAAAAGGCGCGUAGCUCAUAUACAGCAAAGACCAUAUCACUUUUUUAAUAUAUAUAUAUAAAAAAAAACGUAUACCCAGUGAGUUUGGGUUGGUCUACCUUGGCAAGAGAGCAUGAACAUGUGGCCAGAAGACUGUAGCCCACAACGCAGCACAAUUCUCAGAGGACUCUCAUCAUAUGAAGCCAUUUGAACAGGGCCACCUCCAGCUGUGCCUGACGUCAGGAAAUCAGGGUAUAGGCAUUUACCUCAGUUAGUACCCAAGUCCUUGAAGUUGACAUGCUGCACGGUCCUGCAUAUGGAAGCUCAAAUGGAUCACAACAUGACCCUAUUCAUAUCUCAGCAGUGGCGACAAUAAGUUAAGCCAACAUAUUAUGUGUGCUCAAAUUCUGCAGUGACAGAGGAACACCUCAUCAAGUUGCAUUUGUUCUCUUAUAUCUGUGGAUUGGAAACUUUUGUUUUGAAGCCAAAAGCCAUUAGAUCUCUUGGUGGAAAGUAACUGCAUUUUUUUUCCUCUGUCGUGGUGGCCAGCCAUAGAAAGGACCAUAAUAUUGAACAUGACUCAUGGGGAAGAGACUGGCCCUGAGACACACCAGGAUUCUGCUGUUCUAACGUAUCUGGAAGGCUUACUCAUGCAUCGGGUAGCAGGAGCACAAGGUGCCACGGCAACACAAAGAGGUGAGGCUGGCAACAGCAAUGAGGAGCAGAGAAACAAGGAGACGACAGGGCUUACAUUUCCCCAUCGUAGCACUCAACAGGAGCAGGAUAAAACAACUCCCCAAGGAGGGACUACACAACAUCUCAAAAAAGCUCGCCUGCUCCGCUCAGAAGCCUGGACUGAACAUGAGAGCAAAAGGAGGAUGACACCCUCUGUUGAGGUUAAUGGGCGGAUGGAAGAACAUCACAGUGGCCUGAAUGGCUCAUCGCAGUGUAAAGGAGAAAGCACGCUCCUAGCGAGCCUGCUCCAGUCGUUCAGCACAAGGCUCCAAAGUGUGGCCCUGUCACAGCAGAUUGUCCAAAGCUUGAUGCCGCAAGAUGCCUCUAGUCCAGUCACUAAGCCUGACCAAGAAGACAAGGCACCCGGGCAUGGCCAUGGAUCUGGCCCAAGUCAUUUCAAAGGGAUGACGGAAAACAGCAAAGUGCAGAAUCCCAGCAGCAGUGAGCCAUACCACCACCGACGGCCCAGUCAGGAGAGGUCAUCAGAGUCUCCAAUGGCACUGCAGCACAGUGCUCGCUCUCCCUCAACAGAAUCCCUCCCUUGCACUGAGCGUCUGAAAGCUGUUGCUAAUCUGGUAAAUAUCAGGUCGAGCCCUGCCCCUUCACCCAAACCCAGCGUGGCCUGCAGUCAACUGGCCCUACUGCUCUCUAGUGAGGCUCACCUGCAGCAGUAUUCCAGAGAACAGGCUCUUAAAGCUCAACUAGCUGGGCGAUCAGCCAGCGAAAGGCUUGCGGCCAUGGCCACGCACCAAACCCAAGCAAAGAAACAGCCUACAACUUCCGGGCAGCCUCAGACAAACCAGGACGGACUAAGCUCCUUACACACCAAAAAUGGGAUACCUGCUCAAAUGUCAACAAGCUCCAGCAGACAAAAUCCAAACCUAAGUACAGGGCAAAGUAGGUCAGCAGGUUCAGUGCGGAGGACACAUGCCUUCAGAGAGCGCCGACCUUUCGAGAGGCAUGGCAGGCCAUCACAGAACUGCAGCAGUCUGCUCCUUCAACUUCUCAACAGCCACAACACACCACAACGACUCAAUUGCCAGGGUCACCUCAUGGAAGACGUCAGCGUGUUCUCCAGUCGUGGCUCUCCUCUGUUCUCAGAUAGUGAGCACUCAAACACUGGCAGCAGUCUACAAAAAGACAGCAGUGAUGCUGAGAGCACUUACUCCAGUUGCUCUCCGAUUGACCUCUCUGUAAAGAACAAAGUAAAUAUCCCAACACCGCUGUCUUCCUCAUCUUCACCUGCUCUGGACAAGGUCACAGAGUCACUGAAAAGCAAAUGGACAUCAGAGAGUCCAAUUGCAACAGUCCCCACAGAACCCAGAGAGGUACACGCUUGUUCUGAGAUGAAACCUCACCACAAGGUUACCCUUUUGGAGUUGCUUCUCGACCACAAAAACAAUGAGAAGGCAAGCAAAGGCUUUGAUAAUCCUGAGACACAGCCAGUAACAAUCUCUAAGGCCAGUAGUGCGUCUACAAGCAGUCAAAGUCUUUUUUAUACUGGUAGGUCUAAGGAUACAAGGGAACUUAGCCCAACUUGUAGACUGAAUACGAGAAGUCCUAAAGUACUGCCAACAUUCUCCCAAGGCAGAGACUGCAACACACGUGCAUCCCCAUACACCCUGUGUAGCCCUUCUCAUACACAGUCUGCCCCGUUGGAUCUGUGUAAGACUAAACCACCUGCAAGUGGUGUAAGUUUCAAAGAAACCAACUUUAGUGCUAGCAAAUUGUUGCAAGAUUUAGCUCAAUGUGGAAAACAAAACACAACCACUUCUCCCCCUCCAAAGGCUCCUUUACCUCCCACCAAAAGACAGACCCAAGAACUUAAAACUUCAAGUUCUGCAACUUUGCUAGAAAGACUUACUACUCCAACUCCAAAAAGCAGCACCCCAACAUGGGAGGGAGCUCAUGUGAAGGCCCCGGUUGCAGCAGAAGCAACACAACAUGGGUCGGAAAUUGAAAAUCUCCUCGAGAGACGCACAGUCCUACAGCUUCUUUUGGGAAAUAAAUCCCAGAAAGAAAGAGUUGGUCAUAAACGAAAGAAAGAAUCUGGUAAGAGCGUUUCCAUGGAAAAGCAACCAAACCACUCAAAAAGCCACAAUAAUUUGAAUAGACCGUCACCAGACAUUUCAGUGAAAACCGAGCCAGUGGACGAUGGUGAAAUGUAUAAUGAUGGCAAAGUUGUGAAGCAGUGCCAGAACAUGUUAGCAGAAUCACCUAGACAUAGCUCCCACACUCUUUAUCAGGGAAGCAUAAAGCAAGAACCACUGUCUCCAGUGGAUGUCCCCAGAGAUGGUCUUCUUUGUCAUCUCCUACAACAGCAGCCCAGAACUUUUAAGCCAGUCAUUUUAGAAGAUUCAAAUAAAGGCUUCAUUAAAGAGGAACCAGUAGAGUAUCAGGGACCAACCAUCCCAAAGAAGAGGAAAUAUUCGGUUGAACCAGAGGACCAUGCUGAAGUGAGGCAGCAAGGAGUGUGUAGCAGCCCUGGUAGCCAAAAGGCCAAUAGUGAUAGCUCAAUCUCUGGAAUUCCAGAGGCUCAGAAGUCCAGCAAUCCAUCCAGCCCUCCAGAAGCAGACAGUCCACCAGCUAAGUUUCCGCCGUGUGAAUCUCCAAGUCAUGAAAACCGUGGAUUUAAUGUUCUAAAGCAGCUUCUUCUUUCAGACAACUGCUUGAAAGAACUAUCUCAGUCAAGGAGUACAUUUAGUCCAUUGACACAUCCCAUCCUAAAUGGGAGUACAAUCAAAGAACCACGUAACGGUGGUGAGCCUCAAAGCCUUUGUCAGCGUCUGAGUCCCAGCGGUGUGUCUGCUGUAAGAGCAGGUACAAACAGACCACAAUCUUUGUCAGAUGUCCAUGUAACCCUGCAGGAUUCUUCCAGGUCAAAACCUGAUGUCACUGCACAGAGGGACUCGAAAGCAUCAGUUAGUGUGGUCAAUGGUGAUGAAAGAACACAAGACUGCCAACUGGACUCUCCGCGGUUGACUAAGGCUAACCCUAUUUUGUACUAUAUGCUCCAGAGGAGCAAUGCACAUCUGGUUAGAGAAAGCCGGGAAGUUGAAGCAAGGUCAGGACAGUGCAGGGUGCAGAAAGAGGACUCUGAGGCCUUUGACCUCAAACUAAACUUGCAACAAAACCCACAUAAUCACAAUGGGACUCACAGUUGUGACUCACCACGGCUUAACGGGUCACUGAAGAAAUCUUAGUGAGGAAGCGGUUCUGAAGACUGUUUUAGAAUGAAAAUGUGCUUGUCUUUCUUCAUGUUCCCUACUUGGUCUGUAUUGCCAUUUUUGUUUGUCAACAGAUGAAAACUGAGCCAUCUGAUUUCACUCUUUGCCCUUUACUUGUUUUACUAUUUACUUUACUGAAUUUUGUAAGAUCAUAACCCCACUACUUCAUUUCUGGCCAUUGUUUUCUGGAUGAUUUUCAUCCUCAAAUACACAAUGACAGAUAAAAGAACAGAUUCUAAUUCAAAAUUCUAGGGGCAGAUUUACUGUUCUGCACAUUUGUGAACCCCGUUUUGGCAAUUAAAAGCAUUUUUUACAAACGCUAUCGAAGUGUCUUAAGAGCAGGUUUUGCCUAAAUUAGAAAUAAUGACAAUUUUGUUUUCUAAAUGAUUGUUAAAAGUACACACUGAAACUUUUCAGCUGUGCAGUCUGUGCAAUCCUUCUGUACUGAUGCUACUUGUUACGUCAUGUACACUGUUGCUUCUGUUGCAGAAAUGAUGCAUUGCACAUUGAUACAUUGCUCAGGUGACCAGGAUGCACACGAUUAAAUGGAAAGAUUAAUUUUACAGUAUGACAUGCUGAAUCCAGAUGCACUCAAAUGUGUUUGAAAGUAAUUUUAAAAUAAUCAAAAUAAUCGUGACUCAUUACAUCAAAAUAAUGUCUUCUUUUCUCAAAAUAAUUACUUACUGUAUUGAAAUAAUCUGAAUCAAAUAUUUUUUUUUGCUGAGUAAUUACUAUUAAUUUAUGUAUUUAUUUAUUUAAUUAAUUUACUUGGCCAUUAUUCUGGCUUACUUACUAAGUCAAAAUCUUAAGAAAAUAAGUUACUAUUUUGACCUGAUCAGUCACAGUUUGAAUCAAAGAAUAAUAAAAGCCUUUUUCUUCUCUUACCUGGUGGAAAUGAGCCUCCAUACAAAAAGCACGUGAGCCAAGCAGAGUUUUGUAUUGAACUGCUCAUGUUAAUUCUGAAGUUGUGCCCAUGUUCAUUUGCAUGGAUUUUGCCUGCUAUAACCUGCUAUAUUGGCCACCCCACAAGCACAAAGUGUCCAUAGACUGUGGGUAAUUGGCUCCUCUUUUAAUAAAUCUGCCCUUUAACCUAGUGUCACAUUUAAUGUGUUCACAGUUAACAUGUUCUUGCCAAUGUAUUUGAAUUAAAUUAAAAUGAACAGCUUAUUUUCUUACAUUGUUGAAGUUUUGAUGCGUUAUGUUACAGUGCGGGUGCAGGUCAUGUUGAUUGAUGCACUAAGCAGAUAAUUACCUUUCCUUUUGAUGUUAUUGAGGGACUGACCUUGACCCAUUGCAGCUUUCUUCAUACAGGCAUUCACAUAAAAUAACAAUGCUUGGUCUUUUAAAGACAUAAUAAGUCCCUUUUCAGGAAGAAUGGUGUCUUGCUCAAUCUAGCCAAUCCGUUCACCAUCAUAGAUGGACAAAGUUCAUCCGUUUGAAAACAUGAAGUAGAAUCUGUAUGAUAUGUGAUGCUUGUAUACUUUGGUACUGGUGUUUUUAUUACUCAUUUAUUUUGUUUUGUUCUAGUUUAUUGUUUUGACUAAUUUGUGAAAUAACAUUUCAUUGCAUCAAGCCAAGAGUUGAGAUUUUCACAAUAGCCCUACGAGCUCAUAAAAAGAUAUAAAAACCUAAAGUUUAAGUUUAAUCUGAUGUUAUGAAUAUGUCUUGGCAUCAGCAUGUGCCAUAAAUGUGUUGCAUUAUGCAAGAAAUGUGAAUUGUUGCAUUAAUAUGAGACAAAUCAAGCCUGUCGGAGAUGUAGAGAGUGUUCUAGUUAUGCGCAGAGGAGUAUGUGUUAUUUUAAGGAGUGUGUUGUGCUAAUGAAGGGAGUACUGCGGUACAAUUACCAUUCCCCACAUAUGACAAUGUAUGGUCUUACAUUUAACAUAUGGGAAUUUAACAUGUUAUUUUUGUCCCCUCGAUCUUAAAGACUCUUAGAAACUAUAUUUAUGUACAUACCGUAAUGUUUAUCUUUAUGAAAGACAGCUAUUUUAUAUGGAUGAAAAGAGAAGCAGUUUAGUUUUGAAAUUUCCUAAAGAGACUUCACAGUAAUGGCUGUGUGAAUAUGUACAUACUUUAGAGGAUGUUUUUUUUUGUUUUCUUUUCUUUUUUUGUCCUUCUUUUGCCUUUUGCAUGUGUCUCUUGGUAAAAUGACAAUAAUCUGUUCUGCAACAUGUUGUGUUAUGUCAGAUAUUCAACAGUACACUGCUGCCUGUUGCAUGCAGAUGCAUGAGAAGGUUCCUAUGUAUUACUGGACAUGGGGGAAUUCAAAGUCUUAAGCAUAAAUAUUUUGUCAUGAAGCCCGAUAUGUAAAAUGUAUUCUGUCUGUUUAUUAUGAGAAAUAAACUGCUGAGCAAAAUACUGUAUUUGAACUUUUGAAACAGAUGUGCAUAUGAAAAUAUUUAUUUUGUUUUUAUUCUAUUUUAUUUUUUACGAGAGGAAAACCAAACAGGUAAACCAAUCACAUCAUGUACAGUACAGCGCAACUAUGGAUUACUACAACGCUUCAAAGAUUUAACUUGGUUUUCAAAAAAAGUAUUGUUUUGGAGCAGGAUAACUGCAGCAUAUUGAAUAUUAUUGUGAUAUCAUUUUUUUGAAAUGUAUUCAUUUUGGUGUUUUACUUGCACAGAUUUUGAAUAAAGUUCAAAAAUGCACAAUCA